AUGCCUUCGCGAUUUCAUCCAGCUCGGAUAAAAACUAGCUUCCGAAGCGCAAUCACGCACAACCCUCCACAGACGUUAGAGGACGCACUACACCGAGCUAAUACUUACAUCGCCGAAGAAGAAGAGGAGGCCGCUUAUGAGCAAAGUUAUUCGACAAAGCAACCCGAGCGUUCGAAAGCAACAACAAACAAACCACAGUCAGGAUACAACAGAGGGUACGGGAAUCGUAAGAAGUUCUACGCUAAUGCGAUCCAGCAACCAACCAAACAAUGGAAUAAUAAAUGGGUCCGCGGUGAAGAAGAUCAGGACAAGUCCUUGUUCUACGAAUUCCACAACCGUAGAGGACAUAGCACCGAAGAAUGCAGACACCUGCGAGAAUAUCUACUCGGCCAAUACCGAAAGGGGCCAAUCUCGGUUGACGAUCUCCGUCGCUCAAACACGCCUAGGAACAGUGGGCAAAUCUCGAUUGACGAUCUCCGUCGUUCAAACAUGCCUCGACCAAAUAACAUACAGCUCGAGAACGCCAUCACCAAGGAUCCACCAACUCCACCGGCUUUACCGACGUUACCAGCUUUACCGGCGCUACCACCACCGCCACCGAAUCCGCCUGCAUUGCCCGAACAACAGAAACGCAAUCGUGACGAUCGAGCACCAGAAAACCAUGCUCCCAAAGCAAGGAAACGCGUCAACAUGAUAAUGGGGGCCAUCGAAGCUUGCAGCUAUUCGGUUCGAGCUAUCAAAGAAUACAGUAGACAGGCCGCCAGCGCGGCCAAAGUCCCGCACGAUCCGCCGAAGGGAACGCCUUUGGUAUUUACCGAGGCCGACACAAUCGGACUGCAUAAACCACACAACGACGCCCUCGUCGUCGAACUGCUUCUCGACGACGUCGAAGCUAGUCGCAUUCUGGUCGACACAGGCAGUUCGGUCAACAUUAUCUUCAAGGAAGCACUUGACCAGCUCGAUUUACCGUCAGAUAAGAUUGAGCCUUUUAUCGAGCCACUUACAGGUUUCGACGGAGAACGUUGCAUGACGGUCGGCAUGGUCAACAUAUCGAUCUACCUCGGUGGAGUCGUAAAGAUUAUCCAGUUCCUUAUCCUCGACAAACCGGUAAUCUACAACGCCAUCCUCGGUACGCCUUGGUUACACGCAAUGAAGGCGGUUGCCUCAACCUACCAUCAAUGCCUGAAGUUCCCAACUCCCGACGGUGUCUACACUCUCCGAGGAAACCAAACCGUCGCUCGAUCAUGUUACAUAAACGAGUGCAAACUCCGCUCAGCCAACGAAGCUUGUGUCAUCAGUUCGUUAGGACCGACGAACGAGCUCGUCGUCCAGCAGACAAAGCCUAAGCAGGAGUCGAUCGUUCAAAAGUUAUGCCUGGGAUUGAUCCACAGAUCGCGUGUCACGAGCUUAACAUCGAUCCAACAUACAAACCGAUCAAGCAGAAACGCUGAAAGCUCGGACCAGAGAAGGCGCAAGCCGUCAAAUGAUGAGGUCGAGCGGUUGCUUCAAGCAGGAUCUAUUACUGAGGUCAAAUAUCCUGAUUGGUUAGCAAAUCCCGUAGUCGUUAAGAAAAAGAACGGUAAAUGGAGGAUUUGCGUCGACUUUACCGAUCUCAAUAAGGCAUGUCCGAACGAUAGUUUUCCUUUGCCUCAUAUCAACCGCCUUGUGGAAGCGACUGCCGGAAACGAACUACUCUCGUUUAUGGACGCAUUCUCCGGAUAUAAUCAGAUUCUUAUGCAUCCGCAAGAUCGGGAAAAGAAAUCGUUCAUCACAGACCGCGGCAUAUACUGCUAUAAGGUCAUGCCUUUUGGUCUGAAGAAUGCUGGAGCAACGUACCAACGACUGGUGAACCGGAUGUUUGCAAGCCAGCUCAGGCGAACUAUGGAAGUUUACAUUGACGAUAUGCUCAUGAAAUCACUCGUCGCUUCCGAUCACAUCGGUCAUCUUCGCACAUGCUUCGAUAUUCUUGACCAGUAUGACAUGAAGCUCAAUCCCACUAAGUGCACGUUUGGCGUAACGUCUGGAGAGUUCCUCGGAUACAUAGUCACACGGCGAGGCAUUGAUGCUAAUCCGAAUCAGAUUGCAGCUAUACUCGAGCUCCCAUCUCCGGCAACCAAACGCGAAGUUCAACGACUCACUGGACGCAUUGCAACACUUAAUCGGUUUAUAUCCAGAUCGACAAACAAGUGCUUGCCUUUCUACCAACUUCUUCGCGGUAACAAACAUCUCGAAUGGAAUGAGAAGUGCGAAGAAGCUUUUGCCGAGCUAAAGAAAUACUUGUCUACGCCACCAGUCUUAUCCAAACCCGAAACCGGCGAGACACUUUACCUCUACAUCGCAAUUUCAGAGUACGCGGUCAGCAGUGUUCUUGUUCGAGAAGAUCGUGGCGAGCAGAAGCCAAUUUUCUACACAAGCAAAUCCCUUAAUGGGUCAGACUAUCGAUACCCGACCUUGGAGAAAUUCGCCUUUGCCGUGGUUAUUUCCGUGAGGAAGUUACGCCCCCCAAGUCAAUCCGGACGACUCGCCAAGUGGGCCAUUGAACUCAGCGAAUAUGACAUCGAAUACCGAGGAAGAACCGCAACGAAGUCUCAAGUCCUGGCGGAUUUCUUGGUCGAACUCCCACCUGAGCUCGUCGAAGCUAAUCCUGUCAUACAACCUUGGAUUCUUCACGCCGAUGGCUCCUCUUCCCAUAAAGGAUCCGGCGUCGGGAUUCGUCUCAAAUCCCCCGAAGGGGAGGUUAUCGAACAAUCAUUCCGCCUUGGCUUCCCGGCGUCCAACAAUGAAGCCGAAUACGAAGCAUUGAUUGCCGGACUACGACUUGCUAAAAGUAUCGGUGCCGAACAUGUACACGCCUACUGCGACUCUCAACUUGUGGCUAACCAAUUUCACGGCGAAUACGAGGCCAAGAACGAUCGCAUGGACGCGUACCUCAAAGUCCUUAAGGAUGUUGCUUCGGAGUUCUCAACCUUCGAGCUUACAAAGAUACCUCGUGAUGAGAAUGCAACCGCCGACGCCUUAGCCGCUCUCGCGACUAAUUCCGAUCCCGAUCUUCGGCGAACUAUCUCAAUCGCAGCAAUCGAACGACCAAGUAUCGAGCCUGGUCCAAACUGCAACAUCAUCACAAGACGACGUGAUUACGAAGCCCAACCCAAUCUCGCCCCACCCCUCACCCGAAAGACGAAACCCAGAGAGGUCGUCACCGACCUCAACACCACCAUGGACGAACAAAACGAUAACGAAUCUGAUCCCGAAGACGAGUCCGAAGGCCAACACGUUCCAAUCGAUAUCGAAGCCGAAGGUGAAGACGAGCCCGAAGAUUGGACCUUAGAAAUUGUGGGCUACAUUGGAGAUGGAACGGUCCCCGCAGAUAAAUGGGCAGCUCGGCGCCUUAAGGCUCGUGCAGCUCGAUACGUGGUCAUUAAGGGCACUCUUCUCAGAUGGGAUGCGUCCGGUGUACUCUUGACUUGCGUUCACGGCAACGAAAUCAUGGAAGUAAUGCAGAAAGUACAUGAAGGAGAAGGAGGGAAUCACUCCGGAGCUCGGUCUUUGGCGUUCAAGAUCAAAAAAGCUGGUUAUUACUGGCCUACCAUGCUUUCCGACUGCGAAAAGUAUACAGCACGCUGCGAGAAAUGCCAACGUCAUGGCCCGAUGAUCAACCUUCCUACCGAGCUCUUGAUGACUUCGACCGCACCAUACCCUUUCAUGCGCUGGGCAAUGGACAUCAUCGGUCCUUUUCGCCGAUCUACGACUCAGAAGCAAUACGUUCUGGUCGUCACGGACUACUUCACCAAAUGGGUCGAAGCCGAAGCAGAUCCCGAGAUUCACGGAAUCGAUAUCAAGAAGUUCGUCUGGAAAUUUAUCAUCUGCCGACACGGAGUCCCGUACGAGAUCGUUAUGGACAACGGAACCCAAUUCACUUCGAUAAUUUUCACAGAUUUUUGCGCCAAGUGGAAAAUCCGACUAAGCUUCUCUACCCCGCGAUACCCACAAGGAAACGGACAAGCCGAAGCCACAAACAAAACCAUUAUCGAUGGUCUGAAGAAGCGACUAGAUACCGCUAAGGGAACUUGGGCGGACGAACUCGAUGGUGUUUUGUGGUCCCACCGAACUACACCACGACGUUGGACCGGUCAAUCACCAUUCUUCCUUGCAUAUGGUACCGAAGCUAUGUGUCCCGCCGAACUCAAUGUCCCAAAUAUUCGCCGAACCAUGCUCACCCAGUAA